AAUUGAAAUUAAUUUAAUCCGACAUAAGUUUCAACAAUAGACAACACACGACGGGAGAACUAUCCUCCCGCACCUGAACGGAGCCGUAUCAACGGCAUCUAGACACGCAAACAUAAUACUCCUCCGACAAUGGAUUCUCAAACCCGUGAGGAGGAGUCACCGAGAGAAGAACCGAGCAAACACACAGACACGACGGAGGAAUCCGAAUCCAAACGCCUCUUAUCAUCUCAGUCUCCUUCCUCCUCCUCGUCCGAUGAUGAAAACGAGGUCGCAUACGAAUCUCGAGAGAAAGUCGUCAUCGUCGACGUGGAACCGCCGGAAUCCAUGGGAAAUGUUGACUACGUCCCUCCCUUUUCUUGGAAGAAGCUAUGGUUGUUUACGGGACCGGGUUUUUUAAUGAGUAUAGCGUUUUUAGAUCCGGGGAAUUUGGAAGGUGAUCUACAGGCUGGUGCAAUUGCGGGUUACUCUCUGCUUUGGUUGUUGAUGUGGGCCACCGUCAUGGGUCUUCUGAUCCAAUUGUUAUCGGCUCGGCUCGGGGUGGCUACUGGCAGGCAUCUUGCGGAACUCUGCCGGGAGGAGUACCCAACUUGGGCUCGAUAUGUCCUUUGGUUCAUGGCCGAACUGGCGCUUAUUGGAGCCGACAUUCAAGAAGUUAUCGGGAGUGCUAUAGCUAUCCAAAUUUUGAGUAAUGGAUUUUUACCGCUAUGGGCUGGUGUCUUAAUUACCGCAUCGGAUUGUUUUAUCUUUCUAUUCCUGGAGAAUUAUGGAGUCAGGAAACUAGAAGCUGUUUUUGCUGUUUUAAUUGCAACUAUGGCUGUAGCGUUUGCUGGAAUGUUUGGUGAUACAAAACCUAAUGGAAAAGAACUACUAAUAGGCAUUUUGGUACCCAAACUUAGCUCAAAAACGAUUCGGCAGGCUGUGGGGGUUGUGGGUUGUGUUAUAAUGCCUCAUAACGUUUUCUUGCAUUCUGCAUUGGUACAAUCAAGAAAGAUUGAUCCGAAGAAGAGAGGCCAAGUUCAAGAGGCACUAAACUACUACUCAAUUGAAUCAUCUGUUGCUCUUCUGGUUACCUUCAUGAUCAAUUUAUUUGUGACAACAGUCUUUGCCAAGGGAUUCUAUGGUACAAAACAAGCGGAUAGCAUAGGACUAGUUAAUGCAGGGCAAUAUCUUGAGGAGAAGUAUGGUGGAGGACUGUUUCCGAUUCUAUACAUAUGGGGUAUUGGAUUGCUAGCAGCUGGACAAAGUAGUACAAUAACUGGGACGUAUGCUGGCCAGUUUAUAAUGGGAGGUUUUCUCAAUCUUCGUAUGAAGAAGUGGUCUAGGGCAUUGAUUACACGAAGCUUUGCAAUUGUGCCAACUAUUAUUGUAGCUAUUGUCUUUAAUACAUCUGAAGCCUCAUUGGAUAUCUUGAAUGAAUGGCUUAAUGUACUUCAGUCAAUACAGAUUCCUUUUGCACUCAUACCACUUCUUACCUUGGUCUCCAAGGAGCAGGUCAUGGGGGUCUUUAGGAUUGGCCCUAUUCUUGAGAGAAUGGCCUGGACAGUGGCUGCGCUCGUAAUGAUAAUCAAUGGCUAUCUUUUGUUUGAUUUCUUUGUUUCCGAAGUCAAGGGACUGUUGUUUGGACUAACGAUCUGUAUAUGGACAGCUGCAUAUAUAGCAUUCAUUGUUUAUCUCGUUUCACAUGGUGAUGCCCUUCCUACCACUUGGUUCAACAGAGAACUAUCCAAGCGAUAUUCCGUCACCGGAAGUUACAACGAGUUCUCUGAAUCAUAUAGCUUACAUAGGCCUCCUAAUAUCUCGAUAGAAAUUUAUCAAUACUUCGAAUUGCGAAGCAUUCUUUUGUACACCAAUGAGCUUGUAUACACAUAUCUGAACCAUAGAAGGCAGCUGGUCCAACCAUCCGAGAUCUACAUUCAUAGGUGUCAAAGCUGCACAGGGUUAUCGUGCAUCUCAUAAACCAUGUAAGGAGAACAUUUCCUGAAAUUCUCUUUAAUUCUUGAUGAAGUUAGAUCAUGAAACUGCCACAGUUGUUUCCCUGAAGGGACCAUGCCAUACACCAGGAAAUGCAUUUUACGAUUAUCAUGUUAUUGGAUAUGUAUCGUACUC